AUGUUUGGCUAUGGGCUGACAUUCGGUGUUGGAGAAUCCGGGAACCCUUAUAUAGGCCUUGGUGAUUUUUUCUUCGAUCCAGAAAGGGAUGAUGAUAUUACGUUAGAUUCGGUGAGGAUUUGACUUUUAAAAAAAAUUUAAUCAUUUAGGGCUUAACUUUUUCCUUGUUGAAUCGAUGUAUUGGAUUCUUGAUCUCUUUUUUUUUUGAAUAAUAAAAUCUUCUCAUUUACCGUUCUUUGGAACUCCAAAGGGGUUCCUAUAGGGGCAACCUUAGGGGCUCUUAGAGGGUCCCUUUAACGACCCCUAUAGGGUCCACUAAAGCUUGCAAAUGUGAUCCCUCUUUAGAGGACAUGCUGGUCGAUACCUUUCAAGAAAAACAACCGUUUUUUGAAUAAAAUUGAAAGACCCUAUAGGGACCACUUAAGCUUUAGGGGGCUGGACCUCUUUAGGGACCACCUUGAUUUUACCCCUAUAGGGACCACUUUUCCUAAACACCUUCUGGAACCAAGUGGAAGCCUAUCUUUCCCUUUUAUCUAGAAAAUAACAAAAAUUGAUUUACAGCGAGGCAUUUCCUACACUUUAUUCAUCUUCCAAAUGAGUUUUGCCACAACAACUUCUACUAUUGUUUCAGGUUUUAAAGGUAAAUGUGUACCGAAAAGAUUCUCUUUUUUUCAGCUGGGAUGGCGGAACGGAUUUAUUUGAAAUCCCACUGCUUUGUCUCGUUUUUUAUCACCCUCGUUCACUCCAUCGCCGGCCAUUGGGUGAAUUUUAUUGAAUUAAAAAGAAAAGGCGAAAAGUUAAAGGCAUAGGGGCAGCACAGUGUUCCAAAAGAGACGGCGGAAAGCGAAAAAAAAGGUCGUCGCAAUGGGGCGAAAACGCGAGUUUUUUCUAACGCAACGCGGUGCGGCGCGUGUCACCCCCACAAAAUUUCAUUCACUUUUAAUACGGUUGUUUCUCUUUUUCUUGCAUAUUUUACCAUUCUUUCGUAUUUUUUCACAUUGUAUGUGUUCUCAAAACGUGUUUAUCGCGUUUUCCAGAGGUUUGAAGUGAUUUUCGAUUGUUCUCGUCACAGAAAUUCGCAUUAAAAUGACAUUUUUUUGAUGACAACUUAUUUCGCAUAAGAUAUUUCGUUUGUUUUUUUGUUUAAGAAUUUUCAAAUGGACUUUCUUAAGAGAAACGCUGUGAGAUUUUUUUCUCAAAAAUUUUUUUCGAGGCAGUAUUCGACGAAAUUAUUCCUGAAAAUGUCAUUUUUGGGUGACAACUUUAUUCGUACAAGAUAAUAUGUAUUUGUUUUUUUGUUUUAAAACGUUCAAAUGGUAUUUCUUGAGAGAAGUGCUUUGAGCUUUUUCUCAAUUUUUCCCUUUGGAAGUUCGAUUUGACGAGUUUUCCUAAAAAACGACAUUUUGGGAGAUAUUGUGUUUUGCAAAAACUUUUUCGUCUCUUUCUUCAUUUAAAUUUGUUCUUUACAAUUUAUUACACAUCAAAAAUUUUUGAAAACUUGCGAGAACCUAGGAAAAACAUCAUUUAAUGGUCUUUUUCCAACCACUAAAUCCACAAAACUUGACUCUCAUUCCCGCGCCCCUAUUGCAAUAAACCGUGCCGCUGUUGCAGUCAGCCACGCCUACUGACCACAGCUGCCGCUCGUUUGGGAACACUGUGGGCAGUAAAAAACGGGGUUCCAGGUGAAAGCAGUAUCUUGUAUAGUUUUUCAUUACGAAUCGAAUGGAGUACUCAAAAAAAAUUACAGAUGUGACUAAUAAUUUUGAAGAAAAACGCGAUUUCACUUUCCCGCCUUUAAAUUUGAAAAAAGCUUUGGAUCGGUAUGCAGACAAAUGUUUACAGUAGCCGUGAACGCGAUGUUGCGGACGUCUCAUUAGACUCGCAUUUUGUGAGAAAUAACCGGAUAUCUGCUUCAAAUUAAGGACUUCUUUUCUGAAAAAACAUUGAGUCAAACAAAAAACAGACACCGAUAAUAAAGGUAGGGGGCGCAAAGCCCCGCCCCCACGCCACCAAAAUGACGAUUUUUUUGUUGCAAAAACGGUUUUGAGGCGUUUAUACUAGCUAAAGUCCCACUUUAAAAAUAAACUGUUUUUGUUAAACUAUGUAAUCGACAACGCUCUACAAGACUGAAUAUUUUUUAAAACUAUUUAUUUUUUUCAAAAAAAUAAGCGAAAAAAAGUAAGAUUUAACACGAAAAAAACUGACAAGUUUCACAAAAUCGUCGCGUUUCAGAAAACCAAGUGAGGAACGCGUCUAAAUUUUUUUCAGUAUGUUAUACAUUAACACUUUCUUUAUUUUUUUGAGUGAAAAUGAAAAAAAUCUACCGACGCGAAAAAAAUAUUAAAGCUUGUAAAGUGACACCAAACUUUGAAGCUGAAAUGCGAAAAAAAAUUUCAGCGACAAGGUAUACUUUUUUUAUUUGAUUUUUAAACUAACAGUGUGUCCAAAAAAAUAAAAAAAUUCAAAAAUGAAAACAAUUAUUGGGACAGCGAAUCAAAUUAUAUUUGAGUUUUACCAAAACCUCCUUUUUUUCGCCUGCCUCGUUGACGCAUGAGAGAAUAGGAUCGCGUCUAUAUUUUUUUGAUUAUGUUAUUAAGCGUUCAAAAACUCUAUCAAUGAAAAAAAAUUAAGAAAAAAAUCGAUCGACGCGAAAAAAAUAACGGCUUUGAAAAACCUCGAAAAAAAUGGCAAUUUUUUUGAAAUUUCGGAAGAUUUCGUGCAAGUGUCCGUAGCAGUGUUUGCGUCAAACACACCGAUGCGCCCCUUUUAAAUGUCGCAGGAGCCGUUUUUUUCGGAGUCAAAUUGCACUUUUUUUCCUGUUUUAUUUCGAAAUAACAUUAUUUUUUUCAUUUUUUUCUUUUUUUCCAAACCAAAUGAUAAUAAUUUUUUUCUGAGUAGAAAAAAAGAAAAAAAAUAAGCUGAAAAAAAUCCCUUUGACCUUUUUUUGCUAGGUAGUUUUUUUGAUAUUUUAUCAAAAAAAUUCUUAUGAGGAUUGUACAAAAGAUUCAUACCAAAACAUGAAGCUCAGUUCGGAUAACCUCUCAGAACAGAAAACCGAUUUAAAAACGGUCCAGAAACGCGUAAAAACAUUUAAAAAGAAAGCGUGCGGCAGUGGGUAAACCGUGAGAUUUCGCCUCCAGUUGAACGCCGAGCGCGCUAGUUUUUUGGCCAUAACUUUUUUCUUAGUGGAGCUUUUUUCAAAACUAAACGGAUUAUGAAAAUGGACAGUCUCCUCUAGCGAACAAUGUGAAAAACAUAUUUUUUGAAUCGUUCUGAAGAAAUGGCUUGCGGUCCCUAAAUAAAGGAAACACAAAAUAUCGCAAUCCCAAUCGAAACCUGUGUAAAAUCAUCAUUUUUCACCAGAAAUGUUUUUUUGCGAUCAAAGUUUGCAAAUUAUUCAUGAAUAGAAAGCUUUUGUGACGAAAAGAACUUUGGUGACAACAGAAAAAAUUGAAAAUUGAAAGAAACGAAGAAAAAAGCGAAAAUCCGAAAAAUGGCAAAGCCUGUUGUCCAUAGAGCAACUUUACUGCAAAGCGCCCUUUUCGCGGGAACUCAAGCUUUCUCUCUCCGACUUUAAAUUAUUUUUUCUCCAAAACUAGGAAGUUUGGUACAUUUCCAAGUUCGCCGUUCGAUUCGCAAUGAAAAUCUUUACAAAGUGCUGCUUUGAACUGAAACACGGUUUUUUACUGCCCCUAUGCCUUUAAUCAAGUCCUUAUGAAAUAUUUGCGGAUUCUGCGUCAUUAUUUCUCAUACUUUCAGGUGUGGCACUCGCGAGGGAUCUUCCGACAAAUGGGCGUAAUCGACUCGGCCGGCUGCUCUGCCGUUCAUCUUGUCGGAGGCGUUUCUGGCCUCGUCGCCACGAUCUAUUUGAGGCCAAGAAGGGGAAGAUUCACCAAGAAAGAGUCGAAAACCGUCAGCGACCCGACCAAAGCCAUUUUGGGUAGAAGUCUCGAAAUUCCCAAAAAUCCUUCAUUUUCAAGGCUUUUUGAUGAUCUGGUGGGGCUGGUUGGCCUUCAACACCUCGUCGAAUUAUGCGGUCACCAAUCGGCAAUGGACCGAAGGGAUACGGUAGGGGAAAACUGUGUAAUUUGGCGUGGGAAUGAGGCGUUUUUCUAGUUCAGCGGUCGGCACGAUCAUGGCGUCGGCUGGAGGAGGUGGGCUUAGGAAUGUUAAAAUUUACGUAAAUUUAAAAAUUAAGAACUCCAGAGUGGUCCCUAUAGGGGCAACCUUAGAUUUUACCAACUCCUAUAAGGGCCCCUUUGAUUUUACCCCUAAAGGGAGCACUUUUUCGGUCCCUAAAAGGGGUCAUUUCUCCUAACCCCUAUAGGGAUCAUUCUAUUUCGUAUAUUGUAUUAUUAACCAUCUAGGAACUCCAGAGUGGUCCCUAUAAUGGCAGCCUUAGGGGCCCUUGGGUGGAGUCCUUUAGGGAUCAUUUUACCCACUCCUAUAGGGGCCACCUUGAUUUUACCCCUAAAGGGACCACUUUUUCGGUCCCCAUAAGGAUCAUUCUCCUUCUAACGGUUUUGUAUAUUGUAUUAUCCCAUUUAGGAACUCCAGAGUGGUCCCUAUAGGGACCCUUGAAUGGUGCCAUCUAGGGGCCACUUUACUAACCCCUAUAGGGUUCACUAAAGCUUGCAAAAUUGGCCCCUAUAGGGGUUUUAGUUUGUGGCCUCUAUAGGGGACAUGCUAGUCGAUAAUUUUUAUGAACCCUAUGCGAAAAACUAAACAAAUAACCCUUUUUGAAUAAGUUCGAACAAUCCCCAAAGGGGCCACUUAAGUUCAGACCCUUAACCCGUAUCGGGACCAUUUGACCCCUAUAGGAAUCACUUACGAGUCUUUUUGUUCGUCGAACCCCUAUAGGGACCACUCCGAAACUGCAAAGCGUUACAGGUGUGGUUACGGUGAUCGUUUCCAAAGUGACCACGAAAAAGAUCGAAAUGGACAUGUUGAUUGAUGGUCUCCUUGCUUCUCUUGUUUCCAGUGCUGGUGAGGAUUUUUUAAAAGUAUUUUUCACUUUUCUUUCUCUUCUCAUUUUGGAAACCAUAUCUUUUCUCGAUAUGAAACAUAAUUUUAUUAUCAUUUUCUUCAAAAUAUUAUUUAUUGAAGUAGUUAUGAACAAGGUACCUAGUUAGGCAAAGUCGGAAAGGGUGGAAAAAGGUACCUUUUUGCAGCCUUUUUGCGCCUUUUUUUCAGUAUUUAUGCACCAUUUUUGCUGCCUCUCUCUUUCUGCACCAUUUCUAGAGCCUUUAAAAUUCCAGAAAAGAAAUGGUAGGCUUGAUAAAGGGGCCCUUUUGCUGCCUUUCUGCGGCCUUUUUUUUUGAAAUCAGUGAAGAAAACUACGUCUAAUGAAGGUGGUUCCAUUGGGAAACCUCACUUUUCUGAAGGAAUUUGUUUUUUUUUAACCCAAUCUUAUUUCCGACCCACUUCUACCUAUAGCUGAUUCACGGCUGGCUUGAGCCAUUGAAAAAGGGUCCUGACACGAUAAUGCACGAGAUAGCGCCUGGCUGGUGGAGUGCGCAGACAGGACACGCCCCCUCCCAAGCUGACCGUGAAUCAGCUAUAAGAAAAAAGAUUUUUCAGGCGGCUGUCUGUACUACAAUCCCUGGCAAGCGACCGUAGUCGGAGCCAUCGGAUCGAGUCUGGCCUUGGCCGCCUAUCCGCUCACGGAAUGGCUCAAAAUCGACGAUCCCGUUGGCGUCGUGCCAGUCCAUGUCGUCGGGUCCAUCUGGGGCAUGAUCAGUCCGGCCAUUUUCCUCAGUCGCGAGGGAGGAAUCGAGUCCUACAUUGAGCCGGAUGAGAGCGCGGUUAGUGAGAGGUGGAAUGCGAAAAAAAUAUUUCAAUCCAAGUUUCACCUUUUUUCUAUAGUCGAUGUGCCACAAGUUGAAAUUUCAUGGAACGACACUCCGCUGUUUCGAUUUGUGCGGUAGCGCGCAUCUUGCGAAUUUGCCAACCUCGGCUACGCUAAUUUUUUUGGUUUUAAUUCUAAUUUUGAUCGUUUUUUUCAAUUGUUUUUAUUUCUUUUUAAAUGUAUUAUUAUAGUUGAAAAAGAUUGCGUUGUACAAAUGUAAACGAAAGAACACGGUAAAUUUCAUGAUCUUCCUCGAAAAGAGCGAUAAAAAAAGUGUGUUUUUGUUGAAGCCAUGUUUUAAUGUUUUCAUCGUUUUUUUCUCUGUUUGUUGCAGCGGUUAAUAGAUUUUUUCAGAAAGUGAGUGGCUUAUAAAAUAAAUAUUAAAAUCAAAAAAAUUAGCGUGGCCGAGGUUGGCAAAUUCGCAAAAAGCGCGCUACCGCAUAAAUCGAAACAGCGGAGUGUCGUUCCAUGAAGUUUCAACUUGUGGCACAUCGACUAUAUAAGGGCGAAAAUCGCUAAGAGACCUGUUUUUUUACAGUUUUUAGUGCUUGAGUUUAAAAGAAAAAACAAAGAAUACGAGGAAGUCUAUAAACUUCAGAGACACGUAAACCCUCAGAAAAAAAAAAUCAGAAAUUGGCUAGAUUUAUAUCGGCCACGAGUAGACUUUUGCAGACCCAUAGCAAAUUAAAAAAUGAGAAUUUUUUAUUUUUUGUUUAUCGAGUACAGAAUCGCAUAAUUGACGGUUCAGGGAAAGCUGCGAUUCUAGAAAAAGUUAAAUUUCGAAAAGCUUCCAAAAAGCUUCAGAAAGGCUUGAACUUUACUGAAAGUUGACUUGAUUUUUGUUGUCAAAUCAAAUUUUCUUCGUCUCUCUUCACAAAUCCCCUAUGAGACAGCUGGAUGUCAAACACAUAUUUUCAGCCCAAAAACCUGAACGGACUAUUUUACGGCGGAGGUCUGGAACUGAUGUACCUCCAGCUAUUGGCCGUCGGCGUUAUUUCCAUCUACAGCUCUGUCUGCUCCUUUCUGAUCCUUUUCGUAAGAAAACUUCUCCAAAAUUCCAUUCUCUCUUUUUUUCCAGUUGCUCCAACAUUCUCCCAUCGGCUUGAGGAUUUCCAAGUACGACGAGGAACUCGGCGCCGACUUGAGGGAACAUGGCCUCGCCGGACAGAAUAUCAUGACGUACACCGUGGAGAAGAAGCUCAGCGCUGAGUGAGUUACUCGAUUUUUGAAAUCUUUACCGAAAAAUCGGAAAGAGAGAUAUGGAAAAGGAUAGAAACUUUUUAAGAAAAUUUCUUUUUUGAGGACUCAUUUUUGAAGAAUAACGACGAAAAAUCAUAUCUACUCUUCGAAAAACUGGCAAAAAGGACCAGAAAAUUAUCCUAGACCUAUGUGUGGCUGAAAAUUGAGAUUUCGUACUACGUGGAUUAUUUACGAGAUAAAUGAGGGAUUUACGGUUCAACGAGAAAAAAAAUCCUCAAAAAAUAACCUAGAAAAUGAAAUGGAAGUUCUUUCUGGUUGAUUUUCAAAAAAUUAAUUUAUAAAAAUUCUGAGGAUGGCUCAAAUAAUCGGAGUCUUUUGUGCUCCAUGCCUAAUUAGAUAAAAAUAUAUUUUAUUCGGAAACGGACGUGUCGGGGCAUUUAGUGACCACUCUAGUAGCGUGAGUACUCUUAAGUGACACCUAGAUUUGCUCAGAAACCCCCAAGCUACGUCCGGGCCCCGUUUCAAGUUCUCGGAUCUUGGUAACGAAAACCAGACGUGCUCCGGACGUUUCUGAGCAAUUUUAGGGAUCACUUAAGAGGGGUGACGCUACUAAAGUGGUCACUAGAAACGACACGUCCGAUUCGCGUAACCGUCCGAGUUUAACCUCGAAUCCUAGUUUUUAGUUAAUUUCUUCAAAAGUUUUUUUUAAAUUCAUCGUAAACGCCCAUUUUUUUACAUUCUUCUCAUUGGCCUUUGUUUCUUCUUUUCCUAAAUUUUUAUGGAAGUUGUCAUUUUUCCAGGAUGAUCUCCUCAGUGAUGAUGUUGAUCGUGAGAUGGAGAAUCAAGGCAAGAAUGCGAGCCGUCCGAAGGAAGCAAAUCAGCGACGUUUCGACCCUUCAAGAAGACAUUCAAAGCAACGAAUCGGGCGUUCAUCGCAGAAACACCGCCACGUCUUCUGUUUAA